CGUGCUUUAGGUCGCGUGUAUGCCCCACAUUAACAUUUCCGACUCCUUAGCGGAUGCCGGCUCCGUCCACCUGCAGAUGCAAAAAAAUUAUUGCCCCAGGCUGGACGAAGCAUUCAUUCGGACAGCACCUCGACUUGACCUCUGCCUGUCUGUCUGCUGCCUCACCACAACGACGACAGCCACCUCGUUUCCCGCAGCAUCCAUCGCUCCCUGUAGUCUGCUUGUUUCAACACCCUGUAUAGAAUCCGUCACGAUGGGGGGAGAGGACGCAACGCAGGAUCGCCUGCGCGCUCACGCGAGCAACUUUGAAGGCCUCUUGAGCCUCAUCCCUGCCAAGAUGUACUAUGGCGAGGAGGGCACCGACCAACAAUGGCAGCGCAAGAAGCAGAGCAAGGCCCAGGCCAAGGCCAACAAGCGGGCCAAGCUGAAUCCAGACGCCGAGCUGAACAAGAGCGCACAAGAAAUCAUGGAGGAGCGGGCGAAAAACAAGCGCAAGGCGCGCGACAUGGAGGCACUGGAGGACGAUGACGAUGCGGAGGCCGACGACGCUUUUGAGGUACCCGACGGUGUCGAGCUCGAGAAGCCCGGCGAGGGCCUCAAGAAGAAGAAGCAAGAGGCGGAAGCCAACAAGAAGCAGAAGCGCGAGCAAGAGGACGCGCAGGGCAACGACGACUGGGAAGACGAGGAAGACAAGCCGGCCGCCGAGGCCAAGGCCGACGAUACCUCCAAACUGUCCAAGAAGCAGGCCAAGAUCGCCGCCAAGAAGGAGAAGAAGAAGGAGAAGAAGGCGAAGAAACAGGGUGAGUCUACAGAUCCUACCGGCGCCGACGCGGGGCCUUCCGCACCGAGCCUCGAGAAGACGCCCAGGGCCGACAAGAAACAGCAAAAGGCCAAGCCAAGCGAGGACCAGACCAUCCUCCCAGCGGAUCCCUCCGAAAGUGAGGGCGAGGAGGCGGAGGAGGAGGAGGGGGACGCCGCCUCUGCCGCCGGUGAACCUGCCGCCGUCGACUUUUCCGGCCUUGUGCAAGCCGAUGAGAACGACACGGCACCAUCAUCAAGUAAUUCCCCCGUCUUCGAAGCCGCCCAAGCACCCAGCACCUCCACCUCUGUCUCUUCUACUGUCCCACCCUCCGAGAAGCCAAAACACAUUAAACUCCCCACCGACACGACCGCCAUCCGCGCCCGCCUCGCCGCCAAGAUCGAAGCGCUCCGCGCCGCCCGCAAGGCUGACGGCCCGGACGGCAAGCCCAUCCGCACGCGCCAGGAGCUCAUCGAGUCCCGCCGCGCCAAGGAGGCGGCACGCAAAGCACACAAGAAGGAGCUGCGGACCAAGGCACGCAUGGAGGAGCAGCUCAAGCGCGAGGAGGCCCUUGCAAGCAACUCACCGUCCGUCAUGAGCCCCGCCGUGGAGCUCGACAGCGCCGACGCCAACUUCUCCUUUGGCCGCGUGGCCUUUGGCGACGGGAGCCAGCUCUCGCGGGACCUGUCCCACGUCCUGUCCAACGGCAAGAAGAAGGGUCCCUCUGACCCCAAGACGGCGCUCCUCAAGGUGCAAUCGCAGAAGCAGCGCCUCGCCGCCAUGGACGCCGAGAAGCAAAAGGACAUUGCCGAGAAGGAGGCCUGGUUGACGGCGCGUCGUCGCGCCGAGGGCGAGAAGAUCCGCGACGACGAGGGCACCCUCAAAAAGGCCGUCAAGCGCAAGGAGACGGCCAAGCGCAAGAGCGAGAAGGCGUGGAAGGAGAGGCAACGGGGCGUCGAGCACGCGCAGCGGGAGCGUCAGAAGAAACGAGAGGACAACAUCCGGCAACGAAAAGAGGACAAGAUGCUGGGCAAGGCGGGCAAGAAGAAGAAGGGUGGUGCUGGCGGUGGUGGUGGUGGCAAGAAGAAGGGCGGGCGGCCUGGGUUCGAGGGCAGCCUGGGUGGUGGACGGAAAAAGUGAGGGAAGCGGAAGAGGAAUCCUUGACAGGAGAAUUCUUGCAUGUUCACACCAUGGCAUUGGCGUUUGGGGCGCUCGGGAACAAAAAUCAAAGGGUACUACUAUCUAGUGUCGAUCUUGCUGCACAGAAGGGGCACGGCCUGUUUGUCUACUACAUCGUUGCUGUUAUAAAGAGAGAGACAGGUGAAUUCACGAUCCGCAGACGAUCUAUUCUGCACGCAU